AUGGUGGUCGCCGAGCUCCCUGCUCCCAACUUCCUCCCAUGGACGCGCCCCCCUCCUCGCGUCAAGGGUGGCCAGCUCCCUGAUGUUGCCGACCAUGGCUGCCCAGCAGCAGGAGACUUUCUCCCCUCGGCUCCCCCAUCCGAGCACCCAAACAGUGCCCCUCCCUGCUCCAUUUUUGUUGUUCCUGCGCCCUCCUCUGCGCACAGCGGUGAACUCCUCCUCGCUAUUCGUCGUGGUGCCCGCCGGUUGUUCGUCAAAAUGCGCAGCAAGCCGCGCGCUGCCGGCUCGCUGUUUCGUGAAGCCCAGUGGACAGCACGCCGCCGACGCUCACCGUGGUUUGCUGUUUUUGCGCAGCCCCUUUGUCGUCGUCGUUCACCCCCGGUGAGACCACGACGAUUUAUGUUCGAUUCCGCAUCGGGUUAUUUUCCUAUGAUUAAUUGUGUAUGUGCUGUUUGGUUUUUGUUUUGUGGAGGAGAGGAACCCUGCGUUUUGCGAGAAGAAGGCCAAUCAUUCAACGCUCGUCGGAUGUGCGAAGCUAUGCACAAAUCGGAAUCACCGUCGUUCUUGCAAACGCCGUUUGGGUUUGUUUAUGGUGAGCCGAUGCAUGUCACUCUCGAUCGACUCGAUUAAUUAU